AACUUCGCAACUACAAUCGUUAUUAAAACGUUUAAAAAUGCCUGAAAAACGGCCUAUUUGUAACAAAAAAUUUCGAUUUUGAUUAAUUUACCGUUCCAUUUCUCGACAGGACAAUGGAAAACGCUCAGCAAGGACGCCGUCCCCUCCCAGAACCUCCCCAAGUUGAACCCAGACGGCACCGUCAUGGUCAUCCGUAAGAGUCGCACGGUCAAGUACAGGGAGACCAAGAAGGAGGAUGUUAAUGUUGAUAAGACAGACAAAUGGAUCGGUGGAUUGAACCUAGCUAACCACAGCGCGCUGCAGAAUACAGACGCACAUAUGAACUGUGAUGGACAGGACAAUAAUUUAUCAUACCGUUGGCAAUCUCUAAACAGCAUGAACUCCCCACAAAUAUCUAUGAGCGGUGUCAAACCGAAAAAGCAAGAUGCUUUCAUGCAAACCGACCCCGUACAAUCGGAAGAAGACGACUCCCAGCCCAACAACAGCUACAGCGAGGUCUCAGACAAAUAUAGCACAGAUAUCGACUACCCAACACACUUCCAAAAGGAAAACUUCGAUAGCAAGUACGAAGCGAAAGAUUACACGAACAAAGCUGACGACUACAUACCUCAGACUAACGAAGAAUAUAAUAAGGAAGCCGAAAAAUACGCCCUAGAAAGGAAAUCCCUCAACGGCUACGAAAAACAAAUCGAAAACUUUCAAAAACCACUUGAAAGUUACCAAAAAAUCCCUGAUUUAUAUUCUGGCUUCGAAAAACCCUUUCGUUCGGACUACGUUGGCUAUCAGAAUUAUCCGGACAGUGUUGAGUUGUUGAGGAAUCAACAGCAUAACCUACAGAUGCUGCAGGAACAGCAUAGGAUAACGGAGAAUCAGAACUUCUUUAAUGAGAAUCAUAUAAAGCAAGAGGUCGAUGUCAAUAAUGAUGAGGACAAGUUUAGCUACGAGAGAAAUAAGGAGCAAUUGGAUGCUGAGAUGUACAACAGCAGGAGGCUGCUGGAGCAACAGCGCCUGCUGGAACAGAUCCAACAUCAGGUCAAGCAGGAACCAGACUCUGUUAACGGGUGUGAGAAUGUGAUGCAGCCACAGGGCAGCCCUUAUUACCAAUCCAACAAUCAGAAUAAUGUUACAGGCGGCUACUACGAGCAGCUGUCGCGGCCGGGCCCGGAGCUGCUCAUCGCGAAGCAGAACGCUCUCGCCGCGCACACGCAGCUCUGGCAAAACACGAUGAAGCGACCAUUCUUCUACAGUGAGAGCCCGCACUACAACAGCGCACAGUUACUGCACAGAUAUGAGGAUUUUUCAAGAAUCCUCCAGUGAUGAGUGACAUUCCAAAGUUUAAAGAAAA